UAUGUAUUUAAAGCCUGUGAUCGUAUAUUCGCAGCAAAAUGUUGAGUGUGGAUUCGUUGCCAGUUGCCGAAGAAGAGGUGGUGGAGUCCAGCUCAAACAGACUGGGGGACAUUUACACGUUUGUUGCCGAGGGCUGUUAUCCUCAAACCAUGAACCCUAUUCGCAAGAAAAAUCUCAAAAGAUAUGCUCAGAAAUUUAUGAUUGACGAUGGACGGUUAUAUUAUGUGGGACCGAAGAAAGAAGAAAAGCGAGAAGUAGUGAUUGAGGCAGAGCGAAAGAGACAGAUAUUCAUGGAGUGUCACUUCAAUGACAUUGGGCAUCAUCUGGGACAGAAAAAGACCGUUCACAGGAUUCAGAGUAAAUACUACUGGCUUGGCAUUGUCAAGGAUGUUGUGGAUUGGAUUAAAGUAUGUGAAACUUGUCAACACACCGAGCGGAAUAAAAACUUGGCCAGAACGGUACGACCCAUCAAGGUGGAUGGUCCGUGGGACAUUUUGGCCAUUGAAAUAAUCGGUCCAUUCCCAGGCACUGUACAUGGAGGGAAUACACACAUUGUUAUUAUUACAGAUUACUACAGUAAAUGGGUAGAGGCUUUUCCUGUACAAAAGAAAGAUGGUCUCUGUAUUGCACGAUGCAUUUCAUCAUCUAUUUGCAGAUUUGGCCCUGCAAAGACAAUAUUUUGCUCUCAAAGUGCUGACUUCUGUGAGGAGGUUACAAAGCACCUGUGUGACCGGUGGAACAUAGCAUUAAGAGUGUUGCCAGUAGACCAGCCGCAGAGGAACGCGCUGUAUGAUCGCAGCAGUAAUCUGCUGAGAGAUGCCAUAAAACAGAUGGUGGUGGAGAAACAGGUAGAAUGGGAUGAUUUUCUUGAUCCAGUUUUGGCCAUCUUUAGGACGUCAGUCAACCCUACGACAAAAUUUACGCCACACUUUUUAAUGUUUAACAGAAAAGCCAGCAUAUCUAAUGAGACAAAGUUUGAUCCUCUCAGUUGCUAUCCGGACCAGGAGGAGGAUACCCUUAAUGAAGAGGACACAAACUCUUUUCUUUCCUCCAUGCAGGAGCAACAGAACAACAUCAAACAGCUGGUAGUUACAAAUAUGAAUGUCGCCUACAGACAAGAAAAGAAAAAUGCAAAACGCAAGGCUAGAAACAUGCCCUCCAUAACUCUCACUGUGACCGACCCUUUGUUCAGCACAGAGGAAUCGCCCUCAGCAAAAAAGCUUAAGGAAAGCCUCUACUUGUCUUUUCCAGUAGAGACUGUCCUAACCACAAUACAGAAUGUACCUGAAGCCAAGAAGAAUGGCUUAGAAUAUCCUCUAACAGACACUGAUGUGCACUGAAAAUCAUUUUUGAUGGGACUGAUCACUAUCCGCAAAGUGUAUUUGCAUAGACUACAGCUUGAAGACCAGUAAGGUGGUCCACAGAGAGCAUAUCAAGUAGAUGAACUCAUGCUCACUUUCUGUUUCACCACAUAAUGUAGCAAGAUUAAAAUAUUGUAUUUCAGCUCAAGGCGUUCAUUGACACUAAUGAUGGUCUUAGAUUGUGCUUAUUAUUUUACAGAAUAGUAUUUUUUACAAAGUGAGGUCGUUAUGUUAGUCUUUCACUGAACUACACACCCAAAGAUGUUUUUUUCGCUUAGGUGACUCAUGUCCCAGAACACAUUUUUAUCUGUAUUUCCUUUGGAUAAGUCAUCUGAAGUACAGAGAUUUCAGUAUUAUCUGUAAAAAUGUUGUGUAAACAUUAACUAUGAAGGUUAUAAUAUUCAGUGCUCAUUAUCACAGAAAAUAGUUGUUAGUUGUUGUUUUGCCUAACUUGUUUUUUUUUUUUUUUGUCUCAAAUGGUUUCAAACUUUACCUCAUAAAUGAUUUUUGCGCCAUUCUGUUGUCCAACAAUUGGCUGUUUUCAUUUGUAAUAAAUGGAUUUGUUAAUGAGUUAUUCAACCAGCUUUGCGGCCAGUGUGAUGCAUUACGUGCAACUUUCUGUUUGCCUUUGAAAUAACAGUUGAAACGAAGGUGCAAGAAUGCAGCCGCGGAUUGCAGCAGAUUUCACAACAGGGCUGACCUCAUCUUGUUACUUGUGUCAUUUGAACAGCCUACAAAGUGGCGACAUGUCUUUAAAGUGAAGCCGUUUAGUGUUGAAACACUGUGUUCUCAUUUAAAAUUGUGUAUUCGCACAUCCAUUGUAAAACAUUUUUGUUAAUUUUAUGCUAAAAACUGACAGCUGUGGUUGCUAGAACUUUCGAACAAUGCACUGACAAUUUUAUAUAAGCAUUAUGUGAAACAUUAUUGUGAUAUUUUAGUUUCUAAUUGUAUAUGUCGUUAAAUUAUAUUAUGUUAAAACAAUCUAUUUGAGCUGAUAACCUGUUUCUACUGUGCUGAUGACAGUGAUGAUAAUAGAAAUCCAUGUGGUGACUAAAGCACAGUGUUACUUUUUUAAUACAUUCUGGGAAUGCGCCUUUCCCCAUAAAAGGUUUUUCAUAAUUUUUAUUUAAAAAUAAGUUAUUUUAGAAUAACCUUUGUGAAAAGGUAGUCUACACUUUAGUACACUUGAAAAAAAAAAAAAAAAAAGAGAGUAUAUUACAGAAAAAUGUAUUUUAAAAGAAUAUACUUAAAUGCAAACCUAAUGUAAGGUUUUGGACACUUAAAUGUUACUUAAAAUUAAAUUUAGUUUGAAUUUAUAUUAACUGCAA